CGCCACAACCUCGGAUUCCAAACACACAUUCCAUUCCAGUUUCGUAAAUCACAUUUCAGUUCCGUCCAUUAAUCAAUCAUUUCUCAAUUAAUAAUACUCUCUACUUGCUCACUCACACUCCCCCUUUAUUCUCUUCACCAAAUUAUUACUAGUAGUAUAUUUUACUACUCAUUUUUUAUAUUUUUAUUUUUCUUCAAUUUCAUGAAGGAAUUCAAUCAAUUGAAGCUUUUGUAAUUCAUUUUCUGAUUGUACCCAUGAAUCAGGUUGAAGAAGAUUCUUUAUAUCAUUCUUUAGGGGAAGAAGCAAUUGAUGUUGAUUGUUUACUUGUGGAACCACGGUCUGAUCAAGUUUCAGUAAGUGGUGUAUGGUGUUUUGAAGACAAUCUCAGGAAGUCGGUAAAAACGGAAGAUGGUCCCUUCAGUUUAGGUAUCCCAUGCUCAGAUACAAAUGCAGAAGGUGUACAUACAGCAAAGCUCAAUGCACAUGAUGUUUUGCCGCAUGAAGUUGGAGUGGGUGGCCUUCUAACAGAAAAUGGUGUCUCUCCUUGUGAUGAUUAUCUUCUAGAUGUUGGAUAUGGUGAGCAUGGUGCUUGUAUGGACUAUGUUUCCAAUGAAUUGUUGCAUGUUGGUGAUUCUGGUUUAGAAAGCCCAUUUCCUGUUUUCAGCAGCAGUGAGAAGGGCAGUUUCGGGAUACAAAAUUCAUUGACAGAAAGCAUCGUAAAUUCUGGAUGCCAGAAUUAUUUCCUUGGCAAGACAAUGUGUGACUUCGAAAACAAAUUUGACGAUUAUUCGACAUCCUUUAUAGAGGAAGAAAAUAACGAAGAUACUAUGUCUCCUGGUUUUACAAAAAACGGAGUGGAAAUUACUCCAUCUUGUCAAGAUUUAUCCACAAACUCUGCUAAAGAUCUUGCUGUUGGUGCAGUCUCGUUCAAAAGAUCGCGUAAGCCUACCAAGCGAUACAUUGAUGAGUCAUCAACUUUGAGUCUUAUGAAGUGUAAGAAGAGAAGGGAAGUUUCUGUGGCGCCAAAAGUCAAAAUAUCGGGGGUAGGGCGUCCCAAAAAGGAGGUGGAACCUAAAGAGAAAGAAGAAAUGGAAUCGUCAGAAAUCUAUUUUGCUAAAGCUAUCCAAGUACCAUUUAUUUCUCAAAGUCCUGCAGAAGUACAGAAAAAGAAUUCGCCUCCCCCUGAUGCAGCAAGGAAAAUGCAGCCUGCAACUUCACCUUCACCAGUUGUAGUAAGGAAAUUGCUGCCUGCAAUUUCACCUUCACCUGUUGCAACAAUUGAAAACCGCAUUGAGAAUUAUUCAAGCGAAUCUGAUGAUGAUUCUGAGACAAUGAUAAGAUCUAUAGCGACUGGGAAUCAGAGAAAGCUUCACCGAGUAUGGAGUGUUUCAGAAGUGAAAAAGCUGAUUGAUGGUGUUGCUCAUUUCGGUGUAGGGAAAUGGACUCAUAUAAAAAAAUUACUCUUUUCAUCAUCAGUUCAUCGAACGCCUGUAGAUUUGAAGGACAAAUGGCGAAAUCUUUUAAAGGCAAGUUGUGCACUAAAGGGGAGUGGGAUGGAGGAUGAGCAAAAACGAAGUCAGCCAUGGCGACCUUUGCCAAAAUCAAUCUUGUGCCGUGUAAGGGAACUUGCAUCUGCUUAUCCAUACCCACGAGAGGGCAACUCGAAGAUUUCAAAAUCUAAAUUUCCACUUGCACACCACGUCUCAUCUCCUGCGAGGAUCAAGGGUAAUAAGGUUCCUGUAGUUUGAUAAAUGUUGUGUACAGAAAAUAAUAUGGUACUUCCCAUUGAAGAAAAAGUGACCUUGAUCAAGUUCCGUUUGAGUCCAUUGUUAGAGUAGUUGCUUAUUGAUAAAAAUAUGUAGCCUAUCAUUCUGAUUACUCCCUGCUGGCAUUGCAAUGCACAUAAUGAAUUUUCACUAGAAA